UGUUGUUAACAUUUUAAAUUCAAAUUGGCAGUAUUAGAAAGAUCAGCAGAAGUACAUGAUAACAAUGGCUUAAAAUCUUCAAAACAUCUUCGUAAAGCUUUCAUCAUUUAGGAACUUUCAUAGUUCAGGAAUUUCCAUCCAAAAAUUAAAUCAUGAAUAAAAUAAAUCAGUACACUUCGACUUAUCAAAGAGACUAUACCUGGCCCUACGUGUCGUCCAUAUGUCGUAUUCAACCUCCAAUUAAACCAAUUAUCGUUAAAGAUUGCAUUUGUUCUGAUUCACGACGAGAACGAAAAGAAUUAUGGAAUGGAGAUCUUGAGAAAUAUUCUGAGUGGAGUCGAAUGGGUCCUAUGGGACGACUCCUGGAGCCAAAGAUUCACACUAAAAUUGCACGGGUUCCCAAGGCAGAUGUAACGCGAUUAGAUCAGCUAACGAGUAUUUGCCUUAAAGAAGGAUAUCCUGGUUUGUACGAGGCGUUAGAGAAAUCAUUUCCAAAAGUACCGAUUACGCGGAUGGAUAUUGAUCUUAUGAAAACGACGUAUCAAAAAGAUUACAGUGAUCCCGCAGCUGCACGUAUGACACAAGAAGACAUGGCGUUGGCAGCCCUCAAUGAUCAACGCCUACAAUGUAUGCCAACAAAAAUAAUCAUAAAAACUGAUUGCCCGGCGUAUUGUCAACUUUCUUCCUCAAUAUAUAAUGGAAAUGCGAACGUUUGGAAACGCGAUCGUAAACAGAAAAACGGAUUGAAACGCGAAAAGAAAUGUGAAAUUGUCGAGAGAAGACAAAUGUCACUGCCAUCCUGGAGAUCAGAGUAUCAAGAUAGUAUCAAUAAAAUCGGUCACGCUAUUAUGAGAGCUAAAUUACAUCAGGCAAAGAAGAAAGUUUUACCAAUUCAUUAUCAAUAUUGUAAUACAUUCAGCUAAACGUAUUAAAAAACCUAACAGUCAAA